UUAAGUAAUGGUUCGUGUAAGAACUACGGUACCCUGCGGCAACGCAUGCGCAGAAGUAGCUAUAAAACUUCAGUAAAAUCCUGCCCUCUGAUUGGCUAAAAUACAUCUUCGGGUGUUUUCGGUAUCUUAUCCAUUGAUUGACAAACAUUUAAAUUAAGAAUAAAACAAAGGUUGCAUUGUUACAACUUAUCCCCGAGUUUUGUCCGAAUCGUAUGUUCGGAAGUUAGAUUUCCGACCUAGCGCUCACGUCGCCAUUUUGAAUUCUACAUGCUUCCUCCUCGAUAUAUUAAGACAAGUCUCUCGCUAUUCAUUAUCUCUUGAAAAUAGUUUGAAAAUCUAUUGUAUAUACUUUAAAGAAACGCUUCUGAGUUCUGUUUGCUUGCAAACUUUGUCCGAGAAGUUAGAAAAGCUUGUCAUGGUGUUCAAAAGGCAGGCAUGUUGCUGCCCAAACCACGAGGCUUGGUGUGGCAGUAAGCCUUCAGAUGUGGAACAGAGGUCCCUGAGAAAGGCGAACAGAGUAGAGAAAGUUUUCUUGGAGCUAGAUGACAAAGGCAAAAAGGGCUUGUCUAGAAGCAUUUGUAUGUACUGUCGACAGCGAGUCGAUAUGGAGCUUGGAAACAAACGCAUGAAAACUUCACACGAGGACAUUGAGGAAACCUCUGCACUAGGGCAAAUUUUGCCGUCAUCAGUUGAUGCUGUACGACUCAUGAAAGCAUCAACUAAACUAAGGGACAUAGAACUAAAGGACAUAGAACGAUGCAUUGAAGUAGAAGAUACGGCGUUUGGUGAAGCGAAGAUAUUUUUUUUAGAAAAUUGUAAAAUAUAAAUAUCAGCAAUAACCCGCAAUUGUCAGUAAGAGCAGUGGAAUGCUUAUGCGGAUGCAAAAAGCUGAAAGAAAUAGUGAAUAUAAAUGCAGCCCGUCUGGAGCCAGAAGAAUUACAAUUUCUUCGCAGAAAUUUUCCGUGAGUCCUCAUGGCCUACUAUGUAUCGAAGACGGAGACCCCGAUUAUAAGCUGGACACUCUCGAAUUCAUCAAUGAGCUUAUGGAACAAACCUUGCUUGCGGCUUGUUUUAAGAAAAUAUUGUGCGUUCUGUCUGUGUCGAUAAAAUAAUAAUUAGAGGACUGCUACUACUGUGAAUUCCAGUAAACUUUAUUGCUGUGGCUUGUAUGCGAUAAUAGUUGUAUUGAGGAUCGAAUAAAGCAAAAUUGGUAACUUUA